UUUCUCGUGCACGCGGGACUGGUGGCAGCAACGGGUGGCUCCGGUGAGACAGAGGAAGACACCGCCAUCAGAACGUGUACGUCGUCGAGCGUCGGUCCGGUGAGUCGUCGAAGAGCUCCGGGGAAGAUGUCUGUGAUGAGUCCGUACCGAGAAACCAUGAGCUAACGGCUGCUAGCAUCUCGAACGCUGGAUGUGAAGUUUAAAAGUUUUCAGUGGGACGGUAGUUCGAGGAUAAAGAGCAGGGACACGGGUGUCUUCUCUUCUCCAUCCCGUGUUUGACUGUCGGACGACCGUGGCUCGGAGCUCCCCUCUCUUUUAUCCGUUUUAUUCAGGUUUUUUUUGGGACACAGUAAGACAUUUGUGAGCCAUGUUGUGGACUCGAUGUCUGGUCCUGCUGCUCUGCUGGGGGUCCACCACCGGAGAGCAGCAGGCGGAGGAGAGGCAGGUGCAGGCGGGCUCACAGCGGAGACAGCGCUCUCCUCCGCCCGUGGAGCCCCUGGACUUUGGGUUUGUACCGGCGGCGGUGUAUGAUACCCACGCUUACUACGAGCCAGGAGCCAUAGGGAUACUCUUCCACAUGGUCCACGCAUUUCUCUACGUUAUCCAGCCGAACACCUUCCCCAAAGAUCUGAUUGUUCGAGUCAUUCAACAAAACAUGGGGGGAAUCAAAAUAGAGGAGUGGAGAAAGCCAGAAAACAUCGUCCUGUUGCUACAGUGGCUCUUCUACGAGGCUGGAUUCCUUAUAUGCGCCACCAUUGGCAUUUUGGUCGUGGUCCUCACUCCAAUCAUAGGAUUUUGUUUCUGUGUGUGUCGGUGUUGUGAGAACUGCGGUGGUGAGAUGCAUCAAAGGCAGAGGAAGAAUGCCGACUGUCAGAGAGGUUUCUACACGGCCUCCCUCAUUGCCUCCUCCAUCUUCAUCAUAUUGGGAGUAUUUGUUGCCUAUACUGCAAACCAUAAUAUCAGCACUCAUGUCAAGAGCACUCGUCGGUUCAUCAACACCAACAUGCGAGACCUGAAGACACUUGCCAACAACACACCUGCACAAAUUAACUACCUAACAGCCCAGUACACCACAGCAAAGAACAAAAUCCUGUCCGACCUCGACAACAUUGGACCAGUGCUGGGGGGGAGGAUCCAGAGUCAGCUGGAGAAAGAGGUGGUGCCGUCCCUGGACACUGCUCUGCGUAUGGCAGGAGCUAAAGUUGAGAAUGCCAUCAAAGCUAUGCGGGAGACCAAGGAGGCUCUGGAGAGUGUCAGCUCCUCCUUGGAGGUGCUUCAAGAAGGUACAGGGAAACUUCAGUCCAGUCUGUCAGGGGAGCAAGCCUCCCUGUCCAACACCAUGUCCGAUCCUGCCUGUACCAACGGAGCUGUCUCGCCCACCUGCAACACCAUCCGAUCCACGCUGCCUCAAUUAGGAGUCAAUGCAGACUUCUUGCAGCUUCCCAAUGUCAAUCACGCCCUGGCCAAUGUCAAUACACUCCUGGGAACUGAUCUCAGCAACAUUGUGCAGAAGGGUUACUCGUCUUUUAAUGACACACCAAGACUGGUUAAAGAGCAAACUAAAAAUAUCGUCACAGCUCUUCCUCGAGUGAAAGGCAUGCUGGAUAAGAUCGGCACAGAGAUAAACAACUUUGCCAAGAUGUUCCCGGUGGAAUCAUCUCUGGCCAAUUUCACCGUUUUCCUCAGUGAAGGACAGAUGAAGAUUGAGGCCUUUUACCCACAGAUUGACCAGAUUGAUUUCUACAGGUGGAUCGGCUGUGUGGCGGCUCUUUGCAUGGUCGUCCUGGUCCUGGCUUUCAACAUCCUGGGGCUUCUGUGCGGCACCUGUGGCUACGACAAGCAAGCUUCACCCACAACCCGAGGAUGUCUGUCAAACACUGGCGGCAACCUGCUUAUGGCUGGGGUGGGCUUCUCCUUUGUCUUUUCCUGGGUGCUGAUGGGCAUCGUGACCACCUUGUUUGUUGCCAGUGGCAACGUGGAGAAGCUAAUAUGUGAACCGCUGGCUAACAGACAGAUAUUCCAGAUCAUAGACACACCGUUCAUGGUUCAUCCUGCCAAGAAGAACUUCCUUCCUGGGAUGCUGUUUCAGAACCCAAACAUCGACCUGACUUUGGGAAGCAUGUACAGGGAGUGCUUUGAGAACAAAGGUCUGUAUCAUGCUCUGCAGCUGGAGACCAUGUUCAACAUCAACUCCUUCCUCAACAGAACUGUCUACAACAAGGAUCUGGCCAAAGUGUUUGAGAGUGUGCAGGUCGACUUGCAUGACAUCACACUCCUGGAGCAGGCAGGCAGAGACAACCUCAUCAACUUUGCCAACUCAGGAAUUGGACAGAUUGACUAUGAGACGUACUUGGCUGAGGUGAAUAAGGGCGUCACUCUCGUGGAUCUCCUGUCCUUCGCCACAGAUCUGGAGGCUCAGGCUGACCAGCUGCCACGCGGUGCCCUGGAGAAUGCACUGAGAGGACACGCCAGCAGUAUCAGGCAGAUUCAUAGAGAUCAGGUGGUGCCCAUGGAGCAAGCAAUGAAAUAUGUCAAGGCGCGGAGCACUCUGAGUCAGAGUAUCAAGCAGCUGCAGAGGAUGUCCAGCGACCUGCCAGUCAAGGUCACUAAUAUCCUGAGUGCCAUUGAUGCAGCAGAGUACCUCAUCAUUCAUAACGCCUCCCAAGUGGUGAAGCAGGAAACAAAGGGCUACAUGCAGAGUUUAGUGGGCUACUUCAAACAGUACACCCAAUGGGUUAAAAUCUCUUUGACCACUGAGGUGGCUCAGUGUAAACCCAUCAGUAACAUAGUGGACAGCAUGGAGAUCGUAGGGUGCAGCUUCGUAGUCGAUUCAGUGAACACAUUCUGGUUUGGUCUGGGAGCCAGCUGUAUCUUCAUGAUCCCCAGCAUCAUCUUCUCCAUCAAACUGGCCAAGUAUUACAGAAGGAUGGACACAGAGGACGUGUUUGAAGAUGGACAAGAGAACUGGAACUGAGAUUUCCCAUGUGACCUUUUACAAACUUCCAAAGACAAAAGGGAAGAAUGACAACAAUCCAGUGUGUGGAGGACGUCCAACUACAGUAACUACUUCAAACCAAAGGACCUCCAAUGCCAGCAAACUGUAACUUAUAUCAUCCACACCAGCAUCAGCAGUUCCUCUAGUGUUUCAUCGAGUACUUUAACCAUCGUCAGAACAUUUUCCUGCAGUUAGAUUUACACAUAGACAAUGAAUUUGUACUAACAUUAUCGGUUUUUACUUGGUGACAUGUGUCAUUUUUUUAUGCUUUCAAAACUUUUGAAAGUUUUCUAUAUUUUGUUCAUGUUUGUUUUAUAACAUGUAAGUAGUUUUUGUAGUAGUAGCAAUUUUGUGAAUAUAUUUGUGUUAGCCUGCAUCAUUUUGGCUCCACAUGUUUGCACUGACCAGGUGGAUCUUCAGGAAAUAGGGUUAUAUUUUGAUAAAUGCAGUCCAUGUCCAUGUCAAACUACCAGGAGUUUGAUGAGAAGAAACCAAUCUCUUGUGCGUAUGUUAAAUAACAGCAGCCAGUUAGCUUAGCAUGAUGACAAGACAAGAUAGUUUUUACAUUUAUACUAGCCAUUCUUAGGGUCGUGAUCUUCCUGAUAAGACAACAUUAGUUUAAAAAUCAAUAUAAUAAUUUUUUUAUUAUGAUAUUGUUUUUCCCCUGAGCAGUAUUCUCCUGUCACCAUUUACCUUUUACAUCUCACCACGUCUCCAUUGUUAUAAUACACAAGACUCACAGUGAAAUAAGGAACAAAGUGUGUUCCUUAUCUGUUCAAUGUGUCUUUUAUCUUUCAAAUAUGGAAAAAAAUCCUUAUUUAACGGAGCGUUGGCAAAACUAGCCAUUCUGCUUUGAGGUACUGUUUUUUUUUUUAGCAUGUGAGCAUGCUAACAUUUGCUAAUUCACAAUAAAAAGCGAGUCAGAUUGGUAUAAACCAAAGUUUUUAAAUCAUCCUCAUUAAAUAUUAAAUGUCAGCCUUAUGUUCGGAGGAGGAUUACCACAGUCAAUGGCAGCAUUAAUUAAUCCAUUUUAAUUUGUUUUGGUCUGGACCAAAGCUUGUUUUUAGGCUAACAUUGCUAACUACACCUAUGCCUUUAACAUGGCUAAAGCAUCCAUUUGAGUUUGAUUUUAUACAUAUUAAAGUCAUUAGUUAUAAAGUGGUGACUACUUACUGGACAUUUGGCUGAUUUUGUUGCCACAGUAAGAAUGUAUCCUCUAUCUCCAAUGUUUGUGCUAAACUUAGCAUUUAAGCUGUAGCUUAAUAUUAUACAAACAUCAUCUACUUUGCUAACUCUUAACAAAGAAGUGGAAAAUUGUAUUCACAAUUUUUUUAAAUAUUCCUCUCAACACUGACCAACAAAACUUUAGUCCUUUAAAAAUUUAGAUUCUGUAUUAGUCCAGAGUUUCCUAGUUUAUGCUACCACAAGAGGCAAAGUGCUACAAGCUAUUCAACACACAUACGACCUAACGCGGUUUAAAGACGGCUAACAAACAACAUGUUGUGUCGUAGGAACUUCUCGACAGACAAUUUGUGACGGCUUAGUUGCUUCGUUGUCAGAUUUAUUUUUUGUUUGUUUUCUGGAGUUUUACAAACUCUCAAGAGGCUUUGGUUUCACUCACACACACUCCUGUGUAAACACAAUUACAAACAAAAGCCAGAGUUUGUGGCGAGGACGAUAAUGUGUGAAUAAAAACGUCAAUUCAGUAA